GUGCUGGCCCCGGUAGCUCCGCCGCUGCCAUUGCCGGCGGUGAGGAGCGGCGGAGCCCCUGAGGAGCGGCGGCGGGCUGAGGGCGAGCCCAGCCCCGCGGCGAGCCGGGCUCAGCCCCGCGGGCACCACGCCGGGCUGCCGGCGGAGGUUGCUCAUCUGAAGAAAUCGGAUUGAACAUCAGUUCGUAUAGCGGGGUGCGCUUUAAUCUCAAUAAUGAAGAAAAGCAGAAGUGUCAUGACAGUAACUGCAGAUGAGAAUGCUCUGGAUUACCUGGAGUGUGGGCUGAGUAAGUCCUACAGUACUUCUAGCCAUGCUCUGGGCAUAGACCUCUGGAGAGGAAGAAGGUGUUGCUCUGGCAAUUUGCAGUUACCACCACUAUCCCAAAGACAAACAGAAAAAGCAAGGACACCUGACAGAGACAUUGUCUGCAGACCAACAACUCUGCCUUUGUUGACACCUCCAAGUAUUGCAAUCACCACUUACCAAGACUGCUUCGAUGUGGAGAAUGGCCCGUCCCCAGGUCGCAGCCCGCUGGACCCGCAGGCCAGCUCCUCCUCGGGGCUGGUGCUGCACACCGCCUUCCCGGGGCACAGCCAGCGCAGGGAGUCCUUCCUCUACCGCUCGGACAGCGACUACGACUUGUCGCCAAAGACGAUGUCCAGGAACUCCUCUCUCCCGAGCGAACAGCACGGUGAUGACCUGAUCGUCACACCUUUCGCCCAGGUGCUGGCGAGCUUGCGGAGCGUGAGGAACAACUUCACGCUGCUGACCAACCUGCACGGGACGGCCAACAAGAGAUCUCCUGCAACGAGUCAGCCACCCGUCUCCAGAGUUAACCUACAAGAUGGCUUCUGAUUUGGGAAUUAGGAAAGGAGGGAGAGAUUUUCCUAUCGGAACACUUCCCCUUCUGUGCCAGGGGCUCCUGUGUCUGAAAGGGUGCUGAGCGUUUGUCCCCAAAGUUUUCGGAGAAGGAAGCAGUGAUGUUUGGAUUGGGACUAGGCUGUGUUACAUCCUUUAGAUGAAAGAAUGCGUUUCGAGAUGAAACGUGUUUAUGCUCUCUAGACGGGUUGGCCGGCAAAGCUCCGUGUUUUAUUUUAGCUCUCCCGUGUCACUCAUUGAUUCAUGGAUUUACCACAAUCAAUUGACAUCAGUAUGAGCACCUCGUACAUGGCUCCUUCUAUUUGUCAUUAGUGGAGUGAUUUAUAUCCUGUUAUGAAAAGUACAGAACUCGGGGUUUAAAGCAUACAUUAAUAAAAUUACCCCGGGGGGAGACAAAUUGCAUUCAGCGUUUGCACUGGAAGUAAUUGGUGCCAGCUGUUUACUCCGGCAGAGUAUUACGGGAUGUGUCAGUUGUUUGAAACAGAGAGGAGCCAAAGCCACGGCUCGUGUGCUCCCGAGGAGUUGCAUCACUCAGGACCCCGGCCCACGGUGAAAUGAAUGAGCUGUGUUGAAAUUAUGAAUUUCCUCUUCUUUUUGCUUUCGUUUUCUCGAAACCUUGAAAAAUCCUGGUCAGGCUUUUCAUGGGACAGAGGGCUUUCAAAGCCGAUCCUGAUGUCCGUGUAGCUUUCAGAGCUUUCUUAACCUUCUAACCAGAGCCAUAAAAGGAAGAGGAAUAUGCAUUGGACAUCCUGUGUUUUGUCCUUGGUAUCAGCUUAAGUAAAUCUGGCAGAUUUUUCCUGUUAUUUUGUUAUAGCUGCAGAUCACAGGAACAAACAAAAUCGCUUUUAUGAAUUAACUAAGAAGGCUUAACGUGGAAAUAUGAAGCUGUAGCAAAAAGUCCAUAAAUCCUUAAUUAGCUCGUGUACUUCGCAGCUGGGGGGGAUAACGGGGAUUGGCAGGGCCGUGAGGUUCCUGAGCAGUCUGUGGCACUGUGCCGUGCCGUCGUGCAGUGCCAGGGUUGUGAACAGCUGCCAGCCCGCUACCUUUUCUGGUGUCCCAGAAACAAAAGGUAUAAAACCAUCGUCGUGCACGUGUCUGUGAUGCUGCCUUCUUGUAUAUCUAUGUAUAUAUAUUUAAUGUGGCCUCUGCCACAGCCCCUUUCUUUGACCUCUGCGCUGCCUCGGUCUGAGUGCAUCCCCCAGCGCCUGCUCUCCGCAAUUCAGCUCCCUCCGCCCCUGGUAGCAGUGAAAGGUCUUCAGCUCCUGCCCAGUUAACUCAGCCAAGAAAGUCUGUAACCGGCAACACGUCUGCCAGCUCCUGCUCAGUUCUGUUCCUUCCUCCAUAUUUAUUUUCGUUGCUGAUCCUGAUUCCCCCCAAACUAAAUCAUCUUCCAGUGGCAGCCACGUUCAGCACAGCUCAGCCUCUCGUUCUUCCACCCGGUUCAGUACAAUCUUUUCUCCAUCCAUUUCAUUUCCUUUGUGUUUUCCCA